UCCUUGACGAUCGUCAAAAGCUGCACAGGAUGUCGUUCGAGGAGGAAGAGAAGGAGACAUUCGAGCACACACUCCUCGUGGUGCGCGAGGUCUCCGUCUACAAGAUCCCGCCGCGAACCACAUCCGGCGGAUACAAGUGCGGCGAAUGGCUCCAGUCCGAUAAGAUCUGGUCCGGCAGGCUCCGCGUCGUGUCGUGCAAGGACCGAUGCGAGAUCCGCCUCGAGGAUUCGAACUCCGGCGAUCUGUUCGCGGCUUGCUUCGUGGAUCCCGGGAGGAGAGAGAACUCCGUGGAGCCGUCGCUCGAUUCGUCGAGGUAUUUUGUGCUCAGGAUCGACGACGGGCGUGGGAAGUACGCGUUCAUCGGGCUGGGGUUCGCGGAGAGGAACGAGGCGUUCGAUUUCAAUGUGGCGUUGUCGGAUCAUGAGAAGUACGUGAGGAGGGAGAAGGAGAAGGAGAGUGAGAGUAACGAUCACAUUGAUAUCCAUCCUGCUGUUAAUCACAGAUUGAAGGAAGGUGAAACCAUAAGAAUCAACGUAAAGCCCAAACCUACUACAAAUGGCACUGGGAUGCUCUCAGCCGCUCUUUCAGGAAACGGGAAGCCUCUAGCACUUGCUCCACCACCAACUGCUGCUACCAAAACCAGGUCUCCUCUACCGCCUCCUCCAAAUGAUCCUGUCACUUCAAGGAUUUCAUCUGACAGUUCAGCGGGUAACACAAGACGUAGGAACGAUCCUCUGUUCGAUCUAUCUCAGCUCAAGAAGAAUCUUCCUUCAACUCAAGGAUCAGGACCGACCAAGUCAACAGGAGCUGCAUCAGGUUGGGCAGCUUUCUAAUCACACGUGAAAUUUAAGGUCUUGCACUCGUCCGGCUUCAUCUUCUUGUGACUUGAGAGCAAGAGACACUAGAUACCAAGGCAAACAGCGAUAUGAGCUUUUUACAUUUAUAAUGUAUGGUAGUGGUAAAUUGAUGUGUGUUUCCUUGUAAUCCCAACACUUCGUGUUGUAAUAUUUUUUUCAUUUUUCAAAUCAUCUUUGUUACAUCUGCUU